GCGCCGAAUCGUAUCGUGUGGCCACCAUUUCUCGAACCGAACAGCCUCCCACCACACGCUUCUUCUUCUUCUUCUGUUUUGUCUUUUCGGUUUUCUUUCCCCGGCGAGGGAUAGAUAUUUUUGUUUAUCAUGGCGGGCACUUGCAGCUCGAUAAGGCCACCACGCCUCACUGGUUCUUGUUCGAGUGUUGAGCUUUCCAGGUUGAUUGAUCGAGCUGGAGUUCCUUUCUCCGUUCGGAUCUCUACCAGAAGAAAUUCCAUAACAAGAAGCCAAGGAGGUGGUUUCACCGCACCUGUCUCCUCGCGUGAGGAAGGUCCUUCUUGUAUCUUCGUCGGUCCGAUUGAUUCCGCUAGAAAAGAAACUCUAGAAGCUCUUUACCGCCAAGCGAAGAAUGCUUACUACAAUGGCAAGCCUUUGAUAGUUGAUGACAUGUUUGACAGAGUCGAGCUGAAGCUUCGGUGGUAUGGUUCGAAGUCUGUUGUCAAGUACCCUCGGUGCAGCCUCCUGCGACAGUCAACUUAUGCUGAUGCAGAGGAUGAUGCAUCACAAGUUCUCCUGUUAGCUACCAUAUGGAUCUUGAUUCUCUUGUUUGGUAGCUCAGCAUGUGUUUUGCCCACCAUUUAUGGCCUCGGCUUAGUCUAUGGAGGAGAUCCGUUCAACUCAGGGCUUGUCUAUAGCAGCUCGUCUUCUGUGCCUCUUCUGUCAAAGUUGAACGGCAUCCUCCUCACCGUGCUUGGACCUGCUUUUGGAUAUCCUAUUGCAUCUUCUGCAGUAAGGGUUCUUAAAGGGCUAUGGAGAAAUGACUUAACCGCUCUAAAAGGAGACUGUCCAAAUUGUGGGGAGGAGGUUUUUGCAUUUGUGAGAUCCGACCAAUCAAACAAGUCAGCUCACAAAGCCGAGUGUCAUGUCUGUGAGUGCACACUGGAGUUCCGUACCAAAGUGGAGAAAUCUGCGUCACUAUUGGGUAGAAAAUGGGUAUACGGCAGGAUAUACCUUGUUUCACGUCCUAGGAGAGGUCGGCGUUCCAAGUAUAUAUAGUUCUGAUCAAAGACGAGAGAAUUUUUGGGGAUGGUCUCUCUACUCAAUUGUCUAUUUUAUUUAAAAGAAGCUAGAAAGCUUUUGUAACAUUCAAAAAGUUCAAUAUUAUCUGUAACUAUAAACGUUUCUACACACUUGAAAGUAUAGUGUUUUUGGAAAA